UCACUUCUCAAUACUGUUUCUUCCGAUUCUGCGACUGUUCUUCGCCGGAGUUGACAGCAGAAACUUUAAAUCUUCUUCCCCCACGCUCAGCACAUUCACAGAAGAUGUUCCUGUCUUCUGUGUGUAUUUUAUGAAUUUUCUGCACAGAUUGGGACAAGAUUUCCUGGUCCGUAAAUCCGUUGGAGAAGAUGUUUUCCAAAUGAGAUCAUCAACGUCAAGGCAUAACUGAAAGUUCACGAUGCCUCGUAAGGUAAAUUAUGGAGUUAAGUACAAGGAAGAUUUUGAUGACUAUGAAGAUUACGGUUAUGAAAAUGAUGAUGGGUAUGAUUAUGCAGAGGAAAAUGGUGUGCCGCCAGAAACAAGGUCAAAACAGGAGUCGGUUAAGUCUGGGGUUUGGCAUUGUCCUAUUUGCACAUUUGAUAAUGAAGAUACCAUGAAUGUAUGUGAUAUAUGUGGAGUCCUUCGUAAUCCAUUGGUCAAAAAAUGUGUCAGCAGUAAAGAAAGUGCAGAUGGUUCCCGUGCAGUUGGUGGCAUAUGUAAAGAUUGUGGAGCAUCUGUAAUGGCCGAGUCUCUAUUUCCAUCACUGCUGCUUCAGAAAGCAAAAAAUGUUAUAAACUUUGAAGCACAGAAUUACUCUUUUAAGACCGAAGAUUGCUUUAACUUCUACAAGCCUGGAAAUAUAUGUGGACAGUUUCAUGAUUUACACAGAGCUUUUUGCUCUCAAAGCCAUUGCAAGAUUGAUAUAGUACCUUUCAAGUUUGACUCCCCAUCUCCAGACGAUUUAGUACUGAGUGGAAUAGCACCAUCCAAAUUACGUCCCAAAGCUGAUACUGACAAGAUCAUACAGUUAGAUAUCCCAUCAAAUAGCAAGGAACUGAGUACAGAAGUUAAAAAGGAAUUGGCUGUUGAAGGGCAUCCAAGCUCUUCAACCUCAUUAGCAAAAGUUAAACACUAUGAUCUGAAGGAUAGUGGUUCUGCUUUGAAAACUAGGGGAAAUAAUGACCUAACAAGCAAUUUGAACGAUAUAUCUAUAUCAUCAAAGCCUCACAGUGUGGAUACAGGAAAGAGUGACAGUGCAGCAUCAAGCUCAAAGAAUAAGCCUCAGAAAAUUGUACAGCCUCCUCAAACAGAAGACAACUUCAACCAGCUAAAUCUUGCAAUUGUUGGCCAUGUGGAUUCUGGAAAGUCAACACUGUCAGGAAGGUUGUUGCACCUAUUGGGGCGGAUAUCCCAUAAGGAAAUGCACAAAUAUGAAAAAGAGGCUAAGCAGCAAGGAAAAGGGUCGUUUGCUUAUGCCUGGGCAUUGGACGAGAGUGCUGAAGAAAGAGAAAGGGGAAUAACUAUGACAGUGGGUGUUGCCUACUUUAACACAAAGUGUUACCGUGUUGUUCUGCUUGAUUCCCCAGGCCACAGGGACUUUGUCCCAAAUAUGAUAUCAGGGGCUACACAAGCAGAUGCAGCAAUUCUUGUAAUUGAUGCUUCAGUAGGUGCAUUUGAAGCAGGUAUUGAUGCUACUGGAGGUCAGACGAGGGAGCAUGCACAACUUAUCAAAAGCUUUGGGGUGGAUCAGAUUAUAAUUGCAGUUAACAAAAUGGAUGCAGUGGGAUAUUCCAAAGAACAAUUUGAUGCAAUUAAGAAACAAUUAGGCACAUUUCUCCGUGCCUGUAAGUUUAAAGAUUCUUCAGUAGCAUGGAUUCCCUUAAGUGCCAUGGAAAACCAAAAUUUGGUGACAGGUCCGUCAGAAUCACGGUUGUUGUCCUGGUUUCGAGGUCCUUGCCUAUUGGAUGCAAUAGACUCUCUCCAACCUCCUCAAAGAGACUACUCGACGCCAUUUUUAUUGCCUAUAUGUGAUGUUGUUAGAGCACAGUCUCAAGGACAAGUGACAAUAUGUGGUAAGUUGGAGAGGGGAGCUCUUCAAACUGGAAAUAAGGUUUUAGUUAUGCCAUUCAGAGAUGUGGCGACAGUGCGUUCUUUGGAACGUGAUUCUCAGGUUUAUAACGCUGCAAAAGCUGGAGACAGUGUCACUAUCAAUCUACAGGGUAUUGAUGCAAAUCACGUGAUGGCGGGAGGUGUCUUGUGCCACCCUGAAUUCCCUGUUCCAGUUGCAAAUCAUUUGGAGCUGAAGGUCCUCAUCCUGGACAAUGGCAUUCCAAUUUUAAUUGGUUCUCAGUUGGAAUUUCUUGUACACCACGCUAAGGAGGCUGCAAGAGUUGUGAGGAUUUUGUCAUUGCUUGAUCCAAAGACUGGAAAGGAGACCAAAAAAUCACCUCGAUGUCUUCUGGCAAAGCAGAAUGCUAUGAUUGAGGUGGUUUUGCAAGGAAUGGUUUGCAUUGACGAGCAUUCUAACUGUAAAGCUCUUGGAAGGGUGUCUCUCCGAUCAUCAGGAAGAACUGUUGCCCUUGGUCUGGUGACCCGAGUUAUAGGGAAGCAGGAGUAAAGAAUUUUUCAGUAGUGGAAUGAGAAUCAUGGCAUGGCCAGAACACAGCAGCAAAAGUAUUUGUUAAGGAUCUGUUGCUUGUAUGAGAGACAUGGACAGCAAAAGCUGCCCAAAUUUAUCAUCUUCUGUAAAGUGACUGGUAUCCUCUUUCUAUUUCUCAAGGAAAAGUGGGAAUCUAUGGUGGGGCUAGUAAUACUUUUACAUGUACGUUACAUUUUUAUUCCGAUAUGAUUCUUUUUCUUGUUCUUUAGUAUAACUCUAAUUUUAUUAUGUAUUUCUGUACUAUUAACUCGAAAAAGUGCAGGCACAUAGGUCGUGAAAUGGACAGCUUUGAUUCUUUUCUUUCUA